CUGCCUAGCUUGUCUUCUUCCUCCCCCCGACCGAUUCGUUUUCCUUCCCGCUGCCUGCGAAAUCUCGCCGUUUUUUUUUUGUGCGUUGGCGCGGCCCUGAGGCCAGAGGACUCCGAUCCUUAUCCCCCGCACGCAUCCCUCCCGCCACACGUUCCGCGCCUCCGCCCCUCGAACCAUCUCCACUCGUCCCGUCUCGCCCCCUCCUGGAUUUUUCCCUCCCUGCGCUGGGCUUCCUUCCUUGUAGGCUCACUGGGUGGUACUGGUACGAGUACUCCGUGAGCCUCCAACGAGGGAGUGAGCCCCUUCGCGUUCCCCAUUACCGGCGAGAGAGAUUUUGGUGUGACUCAAAGAGUCCCAAUCUUGUACCCAAAUCGAUUUUUGCGGGUUGAAUUCAUUGGGAGUAUCGGGCAAUUCCGAGCUCGCGCGGCGGGAUUGCUGCGGAAAGGCCGCGUUUUCCGCGGAUUCCGUGGCGAAAGAUUGGAUUGGAUCUUUGAUUUUCUGAGGAUUCUGCGGCGGCGGAUUGGAAUCCGGUUACCCAGCGGAGAUGUCGGCGCUCCUCGAUCUGUUGAUGGGGAUCUUCCGCCAGCAGACCCUCGGCGGCGCCGCCCUCGAGCUCGCCGCGCUGGCCGCGCCGCUCUGGGUCGCCGCGCUCGUCGGCCUGCUCAUCGGCUGGGCGUGGCGCCCUCGGUGGGCGGGCGUCGUCGUCGGCGACAACGCCCACCAGGCGGCGCAGCUUCCCGCGCAUCCUCCGCCCGCGCGCGCCACCGCCGCGGCCGAGGCCUCUUGCCUCGAGUCGGCCGCCGUCGUACCGAGGACCAUGGUGGCUCCUGUGGCGCCGGAGGAAGAGCAAUUGCCGGUCAACACCGGUGACUUGAUGCACCUCUGGCGGCUCGUCGAGGAGAAGGACGGUGGCCCAUCGUGGAUUCACAUGAUGGAGCGCACUCUACCGACCAUGAGAUAUCAGGCUUGGCGAAGGGACCCACCGAAUGGUCCACCGCAGUACCGCAGUAGCACUAUCUUUGAGGAUGCGUCGCCAGAGGUUGUGAGGGAUUUCUUCUGGGACGAUGAGUUCCGGAUUAAGAACAGCUGGGACGACAUGCUUCUUCAGCAUGAGACACUGGAGGAGUGCACCAAGACUGGAACCAUGGUUGUCCGAUGGGUCAGGAAGUUCCCAUUCUUCUGUAGUGACAGGGAGUACAUCAUCGGUCGCAGGAUAUGGGCAUCUGGAAAGACGUUUUACUGUGUGACCAAGGGUGUACCUUGUUCCUCUGUUCCAAGACAAAACAAACCUCGUCGUGUGGACUUGUACUACUCGAGCUGGUGCAUCCGUCCAGUUGAGUCAAGAAAAGGUGAUGGCGCAAUGACUGCAUGUGAAGUGCUCUUAUUCCAUCAUGAAGAUAUGGGGAUUCCGUGGGAGAUUGCAAAACUUGGCGUCCGGCAGGGGAUGUGGGGCUGUGUCAAAAGGAUUGAGCCUGGCCUUCGAGCAUACCAAGUUGCAAGGACCGUAGGAGAGCCUAUUUCAAAAUGUGCUGCCAUGGCACAUGUCACCACCAAAUUCAAUGCUGAUGAGCUCAACACAGAAGAUAACACCAAGGCCAGUUCGUCCAACAACAACAUGGAGAUUGAGAAGCCAAAGCACUGGGCAAACAACAUACCCAAGGUUCUCAUGAUAGGUGGUGCUGUCGCCCUGGCUUGCACCUUUGACGGUGGAUUAUUGACCAAGGCUGUCAUAUUCGGCACGGCAAGAAGGUUUGCAGGGCCAGGAAGGCGGUAGGAGGAUGAAGCUGAUCACCAUAGAGCGACAACGUGCCUAUCAUAUAGCGAAGCUAUGUGCAGAAGUGUCCUAUAAAAUCUUUUUUCAUAGCAAUGCACAGCAGAGGACAGGAUGCAAGUCAUACCUUGUAUUGUUCCGUCUAGAUAUCCUCAUGCUGCAGAUAAGGUGGUCUGCUCAUGUUAGGUUAGUUGAGAAAAUAGGUCUUGUAGCAUUCAAUGAAGGAAAAGGAGGAAAAGAUCUAGCGCGACAGAGAAGUAUCUGUAGCAGAUCGACUAGGGCAUACUUCUGUUGCUGCAGUUUCUGAGGCUUAGUGCCAGCUUGGUUAGGUUAGAACUAUAGAAUUAUGAGACAGCGUGAAGAGUUGGGAAAGAUAACAAUUGUAUGAUGUACAAUGUACAAGGUUCAUUUCAGAGGUGCUAUAAAAUACAGUGCUAUUUAUUUAGCAGUUAAUAACAAGAGUUCUUGCUUUUGUCGCUA